AAAAUUGAACGAUUGGACCAAAUGGUGCCAAGCAAGACGUAUACAAACUGGAAGGAAGAUAGCAGAAAUGCAGACAAUCCGUUAAUACAGGGAGCUACAUUUAUUUCUUGUGUAAUAUGUCUGGAAACAUUACAAGGCGAUGAUACAAUUCGUCCGCUACCAUGUUCACACGUCUUUCACUCUCUUUGCUUAGCAAAAUGGUAUCUAAAGAAGCAUGAUACAUGCCCAAUUUGCAAAGCAUGCUUCAUGACUUUAUCGGAAAAAUCCCCGAGGGUUUUACAGCGGCCAGAAAGGACACAUGCCAGAUAA